CUACAACCGAGCGCUUAGUGGCCCGAGGCGAGUGCAUGGAGUCCAUGCUCCAGGAGAUAGAGGUCACCACGCGGGAGCUAUCCGGACGGCUGGACAAGACGAACACCACCUUGCUGAUGGUCCUGGCACACACCGUGAACCUCUUAGAAGAGCAAAGCAACGACGACAUGGCCCGCGUCGAGGACAACGAAAACAGGGUGACGGAGGAGAUGGAGAUCUCCGUCAAUAAGAUCGACGGGAAGGAAACAAUGCGCAAUGGUGAUUAUCACCUAUGUGAGGCUGUCACCCAACGAUCUGCAAGCGAUGGGAAGGAAACAGUGCGUCGCGGUGGUCACCACCUCGACGAGGCUAUCAUCUAUCGAUCCGCAAAUGACAAGGAGGGUUUCGAAGUUGAAGCUCACCACAAGGAAGGCGUAGCGGUUACAGGCGAAGGGAGUUGUGCGGGUUUUCUCGAACAACCGACGUCAACACGGCGCUUGUUGGUAAGACAUGUGCGGGACAAGUCGAAGACGCAAACGGCGAUACCGGAUGAGGUGCAACCUAAUUUUGGUGAAGGCGGUGGAUUUUGGCGGCUGCCAAUUUGUGUCCUUCUCCACAUGCAUACAUUUUUCAUGGGCCUAAACUAUAAUGAUGAUAAUUAUACUACAAAGCUUGCACCAUGGUCCAAGUCACGCCACGAAGGUGCAAUUUUGUACCCUGCCCAUGAUCCAGCUGUGAAGUCGAGGGUCUCAGCUAAGGAGAGGAAGAAGAUUAGAGGCCGAACCGGGAGCUGGAAGUUCAGGAGGCGAUCAAAGCCUCCACGCCGCAAGAGCUGUUGUUGCUUUCGUCGUCAACGUCCGCGUCUCGGCAUUGAACUGAACCUUGGAGACCAAGGUUCUUUGAGUGGGAGGGAUUGAUGAGAAUAAAUGUUGGGCUUUGGG